AUGGCUCCUGCUGCUGCUCACGCAGUCGAGGGUAUCAUAUCACCCAUCGAUAUGGACUCUAUUCCACCCUUUUGGCGACGCAAGAAUGGCAUCUUGCUCUACUUCCUUCUCACUUCCUCUUUACUUGCUAGUGCCGCGCUCGGUAUUGACGGGUCUAUGACGAACGGAAUGCAGGUCUUGAACUCAUGGCAAGAUCGAUUUGGGCAUCCCGAAGGCAGCACGCUUGGAUUCUUUGGAGCCUCCAACGCCAUUGGCGGUGUAAUUCCAUUCAUCUUCUUCAGCUGGAUCGCCGAUAAAUGGGGUCGUCGUCUUCCGACUGCUCUGGGCUCAGUGGUUAUCAUUGCUGGAGUUCUGGUCGAAUUCUUUGCUACUUCAUUGAAUAUGUACAUUGGCGGCAAGAUUGUGCUGGGCAUCGGCUCSUCUUUGAUUCAGAUGGGUGCCCCGGUCCUCGUCACUGAGCUGUCUCAUCCAAAGGAGCGUGUGCAAGUCACGACCUUCUAUAACACGUCUAUCGUCUUGGGUUAUGUGAUCGGUGCCUGGGCAACCUUUGGCUGUUAUCGUAUCAACAGCCAGUGGUCGUGGAGACUUCCCACUCUCAUCCAAAUCGUCCCCUCAGCUUAUCAGUUCUCUCUCAUCUGGUUCUGUCCUGAAUCACCACGUUGGUUGAUGUCCAAAGGCCGUGUCCAAGAAGCUCGAGACAUCUUGGUCAAAUAUCACGGCGAAUGCAACACCAACUCCGAGCUGGUGGAGGUCGAAUGCGCCGAGAUCCAGCAGGCAAUCAGCAAGGAAGCCGAGAACAAUAUGACAUGGAAGGACUUUUUCUCGUCACGGGCGAACUUGAAGCGUAUCUUCCUUUGCUUUGCCACUGCAGUCUUCAGUCAGAGUUCCGGUAACUUGCUAGUAUCCAACUACCUGACACAAAUCCUGAAAGACACGGGACUCAAGACCGAGUACGAAAUCACACUCGUCAACGGCAUGGUUACACUUUGGCAGUACAUUGUGGCCAUCUUCGUCACGCUCAUCAUCGAUCGCUUCCGUCGCCGUUUCUUCUUCCUCACCGGAUCUGGCGGCGUUCUAGUCACCUUCAUCGUCUGGACAAUCGCCGCUCAGCAGUACCUCGAGCACAACUCUCUCGCUGCAGGCAGAUUAGUCAUUGCUUGCAUCUUCAUCUUCCAGGCUUUCUACACAUUCGCUUGGACAAAUUUGAUCGUUACCUACCCGCUCGAAGUCGUAACUCUACAGAUGCGCGCCAAAACAUGGGCUUUCGUUCUUCUCACGAUCCAGGUUUCCUCCAUCUUUGGCAGUUAUGUUAACCCCAUUGGACUGAAAAAUAUCGGCUGGAAAUUUUACAUUUACUAUGACAUUUGGGUGUUGAUAAUUUUCCUCGUCGUGUACUUUUUCUACGUCGAGACGGCUGGUCCUACUUUGGAAGAGUUGACGUAUCUCUUUGAGGGCGAGGAUAGUAAGCUGGAGAUGGUGCAAAAGAUCCAGGAAAAGAAGGAACAGGUUACGUAUGAAGAACAGGCGGAAUCGAAGACUGCCUGA